ACGGGCAGCGACAUACCAGAGACCUCCUCAAGAAAGAAAACAUAACAUCGAGUUUAGAAGCAGGAAGCAAGCAAGCAUCCAUGGCGACGAUCCGAGUUGACUCGGAAGUGACUCGGAUAAUGAUGGGAGUGAACGAGUCAAGCAUCAAAGGUUAUCCACAUGCUUCAAUUAGUAGCAAAUCAGCUUUCGAAUGGACCUUGAACAAAAUCAUUCGUUCAAAUACCUCUGGUUUUAAGCUCUUAUUUCUCCAUGUCCAAGUUCCUGAUGAAGACGGUUUUGAUGAUAUUGAUAGUAUAUAUGCCUCACCGGAAGAUUUUAGAGAUCUCAAUCGCAAGGACAAGAUUAAUGGAUCUCAUCUUCUUGAGUACUUUGUGAACAGAAGUCAUGAAAUAGGGGUUGCUUGUGAAGCAUGGAUUAAGAAGGGUGAUCCCAAAGAAGUAAUCUGCCAUGAGGUUAAAAGAGUCCAACCAGACCUCCUUGUUGUUGGGAACAGGGGUCUUGGUCCCUUCCAGAGGGUUUUUGUAGGAACGGUGAGCGAAUUUUGUGUGAAGCAUUGUGAAUGCCCCGUUGUAACAAUCAAACGCAGCGCAGACGAAACUCCCCAAGAUCCCGUAGAUGACUGAAUGUUUGUUCAUAUAUUUACCUGUGUAUGUUUUAUAUUUUUCAUCAAAGAUUUGGAUAUAUCUUCCGAGUCCUUUUUCCCUUCUUUUAUGACCCUUUUCGCCUAUAUAGUUAUUGUGUGUUUGUUUUAAAAACGAUAAAUGUUAUUUGGCCUUGUGUUUCGUGCAAUGGUCGAUGAAUAUGGAUAUCCUACAAAACCUCUAGCCC